GUGGUUGCAUCAGCGUGAGGAGCCAGAGUAACCGGCUGAGUUGCAUGCUUUUGUAUUUUUCUUGAAACUUCUUCACAUGUUCAGUCCUUUAUCGACCUUUGUAUAUACUUAUACAUAUAUAUUCAGCAUAUAAGUAAUUGAAUACAAUCAGCCACAUGAAACUGUUCGUGAGUGAAGGAAAUCCGCACUGUUUAAAGGUGUUAGCAGUGCUUAAACUUACUGGAGUCAAAUGUGACGUUCAGCAUGUCAACCACGAAGAGAAAGUGGUUCCCCACCUCAGCCGUCCAACCCUGCCCGCCUUACUCCUUCCCAGCGGCAUGCAUCUCUUCAGCGCCAACAGUAUCUGCAGGUAUCUGGGUGAGGUGAGCGGACAGCCAUCCAGUGAUCUUAAUAACCAGUGGCUUGAAUGGGAGGCCUCUGAACUUCAGCCCGCAGUGGCUCAGGCCCUCCACCUGGCAGUGCUGCAGGGGAAAGGAUCGGAAGCCUCUAGUGCUCUACAGGGACAACUCAGUUACCUGGAACAGAGUCUGUGCAAGAAAACUACGCCAUUCCUUACUGCUGAAAUCGUUUCUGUGGCAGACGUUGUUCUCUGGGCAGCUCUCUACCCCAUCUUGUCAGACCACGGUUUGGUGUUAGGUGACCAGGGAAAGGUGCAGAACUGGUUUGAGCGUGUUGGCAUGCUGGCGGCCUGUGAGUCUGCAGCCCAGGAGGUACUGCAAGGGAAGGGACUGAAGUCUGAGGCUCUGAAGGCCUACAUGCAGAAACAGCCUGCCCCGCCCCAUAGCCAGGCUCAGAAGAGAGACAACCAGCCCUGCAACAGCCCUGAGCAGGUUGCUGAUGGGGAUCGUGUGAUGUCAGAAGAAGAGAUCCUGUCUGCAACAGUCACCUGGGCUAAAGGAUUGGCAGACAGACCCAUGAUUUCAGAUAGACAACAUCCCAUUCUCCCUAAAGAGGGCAAGAGGAACAUCCUAGUGACCAGCGCCUUGCCAUAUGUAAAUAACGUCCCCCACCUGGGCAACAUCAUCGGCUGUGUUCUCAGCGCUGACGUCUACGCCAGGUAUGGUCGUCUGCGUGGCUGGAACGUGCUGUAUGUGUGUGGGACAGACGAGUAUGGCACGGCUACAGAGAACAAGGCCCGUGAGGAGGGCCUGACGCCACAGCAGAUAUGUGAUAAGUAUCACACCGUCCAUGCCUCCAUCUACCAGUGGUUCCAGGUCGACUUCGACUACUUUGGCCGCACCACCACGGAGAAACAAACCCAGAUAGCCCAGAACAUCUUCUGGCGUCUCCACGAGCGAGGCUUCCUGUUGGAAGACACGGUGGAACAGCUGCGCUGCGAGAUGUGCCAACGUUUCCUAGCCGACCGUUUCGUCGAGGGCACCUGUCCCUUCUGUGCCUACCCCGAGGCCCGAGGAGACCAGUGUGACAAGUGUGGCAAGCUCAUCAACGCUGUAGAGCUACAGGAGCCUAAAUGUAAGGUUUGCAAUCAGACUCCUGUGGUUCGCUCCUCAAAACACCUCUUCUUGGACUUGCCAAAGCUGGAGGCGCCGUUGGAGCAGUGGCUGGAGAAGUCAAUGGGGUCUGGAGACUGGACGGCCAACGCCAAACAGAUCACCCGUUCCUGGCUGAGGGACGGACUCAAACCCCGCUGCAUCACCCGAGAUCUCAAGUGGGGAACCCCUGUGCCUCACCCAGACUUCUCUGACAAGGUGUUCUAUGUGUGGUUUGAUGCUCCUAUUGGGUACCUGUCCAUCACUGCCAACUACACUGACCAAUGGGAGAAGUGGUGGAAGAACCCAGAGCAGGUGGAGCUGUAUAACUUCAUGGCCAAAGACAAUGUUCCCUUCCAUAGUGUUGUCUUCCCCUGUUCUCUGCUGGGAGCCCAAGACAACUACUCACUGGUCAACCACCUGGUGGCUACAGAGUACCUGAACUACGAGGACACCAAGUUCUCAAAGAGUCGUGGGGUAGGUGUGUUCGGAGACAUGGCCAAGGACACAGGCAUCCCUUCUGAUGUGUGGCGAUUCUACCUGCUCUACCUGCGUCCAGAGGGGCAGGAUUCAGCCUUCUCUUGGGCUGACAUGGCCAUCAAGAACAACUCUGAGCUGCUGAAUAACCUUGGCAACUUUAUCAACCGAGCUGGUAUGUUUGUCAGUAAGUUCUUUGAGAACUGUGUGCCUGCUAUGGACCUUCAGCCAGAGGACAAGAGGCUGUUGGCCCUGGUGGGAUGGGAGCUGAAGCAGUACAUCAGCCUCAUGGACAAAGUCAAGAUCCGGGACAGCCUAAAGUGUAUCCUCAACAUCUCUCGCCUUGGCAACCAAUACAUCCAGGUCAACGAACCCUGGAAGAAGAUAAAAGGGGGAGACACAGACAGGCAAAGAGCGGGCACAGUGACGGGAGUGUCGGUGAACAUAGCAUGCCUCCUUUCUGUCAUGCUCCUGCCAUACAUGCCAACCGUCUGCCAGACAAUCCGCGAACAGCUCAACGCCCCGCCCACCGUCACUGCCACCAUGCUGCAGGGCACUGGGAACUUCGUCUGCUGUCUGCCAGCUGGACAUCACAUUGGCGUGGUCAGCCCUUUGUUCCAGAAACUAGAGGCAGAUCAGAUUGAGGAUCUGAAGAAGAGGUUCGGAGGCCAACAGACUGAGGAAGAAGAAACCAUAUGGAAUAAGCCAAAAGCAUCCACCCAGGCGGAUGUCGUCACACAGCCCGCCACGACCUCAGCUGGUCAGACUGUGAAAAACGGAGCAGACCCUGAGAGGGCCAAGGAGCUAACACUCGCCGUGGCAGGCCAGGGCGAGAAGGUCCGAGCGCUGAAGGGGCAGAAGGCAGAGAAGGCUGUGAUAGCUGUGGAGGUGGACAAACUACUGGACCUGAAGAAGCAGUUAGCCCUGGCUGAGGGGAAGAACCAAGAACCUGACCAAACAAAGGGCACAAAGAACACACAGCACGCCCCAAGCCCAGCCACUACUGCUCAGGCUGUGAUAAACAAAGCAGAUCCUGAGAGAGCCAAAGAGCUAACGCUGGCUGUGGCUGAACAGGGCGAGAAGGUGCGGAUGCUGAAGGGUCAGAAGGCGGAGAAGGCUGCUAUAACCACGGAGGUGGACAAACUACUGGACCUGAAGAAACAGCUAGCCCUGGCUGAGGGCAAGAACCCUGAACCAACCCUUACCAAAGGCAAAAAGAAGUGAUCUGACCUGAGAAAGGGAAGGAAGUUAAGGGAACUACAUUGAAUAAUUACUGUAAUGAAGAAUGGGAUCAACAUUUACAUAAUGAAAGAAACAUGAAUAUCAAUGACUGGAUGGGAAGAGAUUAUGGUACACUGGUAUAAAAAAUAUUUACUCUAUAGUGACAGAUCAAUGGAUUUAUCAGUAGGGAUCAGAAAGCAAGAACAGCUACAGAAUAUUGUCUGAAUAUUUCUACUCAGACUAGCAAGUUCUAGUAGCCUGGUGGAAAGCAGAGUGAAUGCUGUGGCGUUCGCCAUUCUGCUUUACCACACCACGAAAAUGGUAAAGCAGCAAUUAGGGUGGUACUGCCCCAGGCUACUCCGAACAGGUCAGUUUUUGAUCAGUGUCAGGUUUGAAAUCAUGUGUAAUGAAAUAAUAUUGUUCUCAAAAUUUAAUGAUUUUUCAUAUUCCCUAUACCCAUUUAUUCAAAUAAAUACAAUUUGUUACAAGUAA